AGACCGGGCUGGGUCUCGGUGCAGGUUGUGAUCGCUGGAGCGGGAUCUAGUGCUCGGAAAAGAGGAGUCCCACCUUCUGCCGUCUCCAUAGCGAGUGGCGCUUCUCCUCUGCCAUGGGCAAGAAAGGCAAAGUCGGGAAGAGCCGACGGGACAAAUUCUAUCACUUGGCGAAGGAGACGGGUUACCGUUCCCGCUCAGCUUUCAAGCUGAUCCAGCUCAAUCGCCGCUUUCAGUUCUUGCAGAAGGCCCGGGCCUUGCUGGACCUGUGCGCCGCGCCCGGGGGAUGGUUGCAGGUGGCUGCCAAGUUCAUGCCUGUGUCCAGUCUCAUUGUGGGAGUGGACCUGGUUCCAAUCAAGCCUCUUCCUAAUGUGGUGACCCUCCAAGAAGACAUCACUACAGAGCGCUGUAAGCAGGCUCUGAGGAAGGAGCUGAAGACUUGGAAAGUUGAUGUUGUGCUCAAUGACGGGGCCCCUAAUGUUGGAGCAAGCUGGGUUCAUGAUGCUUAUUCUCAAGCCCACUUGACACUGAUGGCUCUGCGUCUGGCUUGCGAGUUUCUGGCACGAGGUGGCUGCUUCAUCACCAAGGUUUUCCGUUCACGUGACUAUCAACCCCUACUGUGGAUCUUCCAGCAGCUAUUCCACCGAGUCCAGUCCACCAAGCCUCAAGCCUCUCGCUAUGAGUCUGCAGAAAUCUUUGUUGUCUGUCAGGGAUUCCUGGCUCCUGAUAAGAUUGACAGUAAAUUUUUUGACCCCAAAUUUGCCUUCAAGGAGGUUGAAGUACAGGCAAAGACGGUUACUGAGUUGGUGACUAAGAAGAAGCCAAAGGCUGAAGGCUAUGCUGAGGGCGAUCUCACUCUCUAUCAUCGUGCCUCAGUCACUGAUUUCCUCCGGGCUGCCAACCCUGUUGACUUUCUCUCCAAAGCCAGCGAAAUCUCACUCGAUGAUGAAGAGUUGGCACAGCACCCAGCUACCACAGAGGACAUACGUGUAUGCUGUCAGGACAUCAAAGUGCUGGGGCGCAAGGAGCUUAGAUCCCUACUGAACUGGAGAACCAAACUUCGGCGAUACAUGGCCAAAAAGCUGAAAGAGCAAGCAAAGGCCUUGGAUAUCAGCCUGAGCUCGGGAGAGGAAGAGGAAGACGGCAAUGAGGAGGCCACAGCUUCAACUACAAGGCAGCCCUUUCAGGAGGAGGAGGAGGAAGAGCAGCUGAAUCAGACACUGGCUGAGAUGAAGGCCCAAGAGGUGGCAGAAUUAAAGAGGAAGAAGAAGAAGCUGCUGCGCGAGCAGAGAAAGCAGCGGGAGCGGGUGGAGCUGAAGAUGGAUCUGCCCGGCGUCUCCAUUGCAGAUGAAGGGGAGACUGGCAUGUUUUCCCUGCGCACCAUCCAGGGGCACCAGUUGUUUGAGAAGGUAACACAAGGAGACAUGAGUGCUGCAGACACAUUCCUGUGUGAUCUGCCGAGAGAUGACAUCUAUGUAUCAGAUGCUGAAGAUGACGACGAUGAUGACACAUCUCUGGACAGUGAUCUGGACCAAGAGGAGCUGGGAGGAGGAGGAAAACCCCAGAGUUCCAAGAACCAAAAGCGAGUACAGUUUGCUGAAGUAGAAGAACAGAUAGAAGAGGAAGAGGAAAAUCCACUCCUAGUACCUUUGGAGGAAAAGGCUGUACUGCAGGAAGAACAGGCCAGUCUGUGGUUUUCAAAGGACAGCUUCAUCGGGAUUGAGGAUGAUGCUGAUGAAGACCUGGAGAUCAGCCAGGCUCAGCUGUUGAAUGAGAGCCGUAGGAAGGGGCAGCCACAGCCACAGCUGCCAACACCACCGUCCCGUGUGAAAUCUCACCCUCCUGUGUGCCCAGAAGAGGCCCCUCAAAAGGCAGAGAGGUUGAAUGAGGCUGGAGGGGAAGAGAAAGACAGCAGUUCAGACACAGACAGCAGCAGCAGUGAGGAGGAAAUGAGGCAGGAACCACAGCGCUCUAAGAAGCGAGGCCGUGGACCGAAAGCAAAUGACAACGAUGAUGGGUUUGAAGUGGUGCCUAUUGAGGAUCCAGCGAAGUACCGGAUUCUGGACCCUGAAGGUCUGGCUCUAGGUGCUGUUAUUGCAUCUUCCAAGAAGGCUAAGAGAGACCUCAUAGAUAAUUCUUUCAGCAGAUACACAUUUAAUGAAGAUGAAGGAGAGCUACCAGAAUGGUUUGUGCAGGAAGAAAAGCAGCACAGGAUACGGCAGUUACCUAUUGAUAAGGCGGCGGUGGAGCAGUACCGCAAGCGCUGGCGGGAAAUCAAUGCCCGUCCCAUUAAGAAAGUUGCUGAGGCGAAGGCCAGAAAGAAAAGGAGGAUGCUGAAGAAACUGGAGCAAACUAAGAAGAAGGCCGAAGCUGUGGUGAACACUGUGGAUAUCUCUGAGCGAGAGAAAGUGGCACAGCUACGAAGUCUCUACAAGAAGGCUGGACUUGGCAAGGAGAAACGCCAGGUCACCUAUGUUGUAGCCAAAAAAGGUGUGGGUCGCAAAGUGCGGCGGCCAACUGGAGUUAGAGGUCAUUUCAAGGUGGUGGACUCAAGGAUGAAGAAGGACCAAAGAGCACAGCAACGGAAAGAGCAGAAGAAAAAACACAAGCGGAAAUAAGCAGCAGCGUUUUGGGGCCUCUGAAAGGACAGUGCAGUUGAGGACUGUAUGCUGCUGCUUGAACCAGCCCUUCCUUUGCUGUGCAACACUACCAGAGCUGAAGGGGGCAGGCUCGAGUUCUGUGGCAGGGAAUCCUUUGCCCAA